UGUUUUGUAUAAAACUUUAUUUUCAAUCUUUAUUUUGUUUGUUAAAUAUCAGCCAAGUAAUGCUUAUUGAUGUUGAUAUAUAAUGGGAGGUUAGAAAAGAAUAUUGAAGACUAUUUUUAAUUUUUAUAUAAUAUAUUUAUUAACAUAAUGUAUGCAGUUGUAGAGCAGCUGCAGCUUAGUUACAAAAGAUCUGAAACUAAACCCACAUCAUAUGGCCCAUCAUAUUGAUCAUAACUAAGAUACUUUUUGAAUAUCCUAUUUUUCUUUUUUUCCAUUACAGAUUGAAUUUACUAUGGAGAAUGGUUCCAGUGUCUUAAUGUUCACACUAUCUGGACUGGAGGGAACAAUGGAAAACAGAUAUGUGUUGUUUUUCUUUACUGCACUGUGUUAUUAUUUUAUCUUGCUAUUUAAUAUCACUGUUAUAGUUUCCAUUGCUUCUGAUAAGGGGCUUCAUGAGCCUAUGUACAUAUUCUUGUGUAAUCUGUGUAUAAAUGCACUGUACGGCACUGCUGGUUUCUACCCUAAAUUCCUGUACGAUUUGUUGGCCCCACUUCACGUGAUUUCCUAUGCCGGCUGUCUGAUUCAGACUUUUGUAAUCUACACAUCUGCUCUGUGUGACUUGUCAACUUUAACAGUGAUGGCAUAUGACAGGUAUGUGGCAAUAUGUAGACCUCUGCAGUAUCACUCAGAAAUGAAUCAUUCUAAAGUUAUAAAAUGCAUCCUUUUUUGUUGGCUUGAACCUUUUUUUGGUUUGACUGUUGCAACCAUAUUAACAUCUCGAUUAACCCUGUGUGGCUCAAAUAUUGAAAAGCUAUAUUGUGAAAACUGGUCAGUAGUAAAACUUUCUUGUUCCCAAAUAACAGUGAAUAAUGUGGUGGGAUAUAUAGUUAUAAUCGUGUAUUUUGGACAUGCAGUUCUGAUCGUUUGCUCAUAUAUACAGCUGAUUAAAACAUGCAGAAAGUCAAAAGAGGGCAAGUAUAAGUUCAUGCAGACCUGUAUACCCCACCUGCUUGCACUGUUGAAUGUUUCAACUGCAUUAAUAUUUGAUGUACUUUAUACCAGAUAUGGUUCGACUUCUUUUCCUCAAGGUUUGCGAAAUUUCUUGGCCAUAGACUUCCUAUUUGCACCACCUCUUUUAAAUCCUCUGAUUUAUGGUAUAACACUGACCAGAAUACGAAAACAAGUGGCGAAAUUGUACUUACCUUGUACAAAAAUUGGAAUUGCCUAAUAACAAGUACAAAUUAUUUAAGCAUUGUUGUGCUCAAUGAGUUUGUAGUAAUCUCAGUUUAUUUCAAUAUCUCCAAUAAAAUAUUAAUUCAUUAUAGUUCUUAAGUACUUAAAUGUUGUUUUCAUUUAGAGAAAAUAUGUCUAAAACAUAUUUAAGGCAUAUUUGUAAAAAUAUGUCUUAAAGGAUCAAUUCAAUUAUUUUUGCAAGCAUUUUGCACAUUAGCCAACACAGCUCUCACUCAAAAACAGUCUAUAAGUAUGGAUUAAACAAUAUGUAAUAUUAAGUUAAAUUUACACUUUAUUGAUGCAAAUCUAUCCUGUCUGUUUCUCUAGAAUGUUAAAUCUUCUGCUUUUUAUUUUUUUAUCUGACCCAUCAUUCUAUAAUGCUCAUGAUUACCUUUGUUUUUACUGCAAUUUUAUAUAAAAAACACACAAUGGAAUCGACCAGUGUCACUAGCUCUAUGACACCUGUAAACAGUAAGAAGCAAAACUGUAUACACAAACAUACAACCAAGUUUAGGAAGAAUCAGUGGGACAGAAAUUACUCAAUAGGAUGUGUUAGUAAGAUUUGCAAUGAUAUAUUAAAAAAACAAUUUGUAAUUAUGACAAACAAUUUAUAAAAUAUUAUUAAUUUAGUAUGUGUGCUUUGUUGAUGCAGUUCUCUCUAGUUCAGUCUUUUUUUGUCUUUACGAUUGCAUAGACUGUUUGUGUCUUUUGCUUUUUUGUCAUUUUUAGAAUUGUGUUGUUUCCUUUUUUAUAUUCUUGCAGAUUGGACACACAACAACUGCUCUUGAGGCCACUUCUCAAUAGAUCUGUGGUGUUUCUGGUGUUUAAUCAACAUUGCAUAUAGUUUCUGGCUAAUGUCAUACUGCGUUGUGGUGACUUACUGUAUAUGAACUAAAUAAAAUGGCUAUUUUGUUUUCUCUAUAAAGCUACUUUGUGUCAACUUUUGUUGU